GUCGGCCGUGGAGUCCAUCUCCUACCAGCACCUUGCCACGUGGCAUCUCCUCCGGCGAUGGCUACUGAAACGAGAGGCUCCCUUCCUCCUCCCGGACUUCUCUAAAAAGCUCUUCUUCUUCUAUCCGUCUCCAUCGAAGUUCUGCUGAAGAGAAGAAGAUCCAAAUCCAAACCCUACCCCUAAUGUUAGAAAUUUUCUUUUCCAUUUUUUUUAAUAGUCCCAGAAGUCAUGGAGUUGUAGUGCAGAUCCGAACCCGUUAAUGGACAGAAAUAUUAGAAGAGUGGAGUUUUCGGACCCGAAGCCGGCGGACGACGGAGGAGUCGAGCUCAGCCUCGGGCUCUCCAUCGGCGGGAGCUCCCGGAGGGACCGGAAUCCGGGUCCGGCCCAUCACGGGUCGGACACCCGGUUAGGAUCCGGCGAGACCGUCGCCGAUCUUGGUGGGGUUCGUCCCUUCGACAACGAAGAUCCUUUCCGGCGGCAGGAGGGGAGGAAAAAUGGGAUCUUUGGCGGCGGCAAUGGGGUUCCGGCGGAGGAUCGGUUGACGCUAGAGGCACAGACGCUGAAAUCGAGGGCCAGAGACCGGGCGGCGAGGGAGAGGGAGGCGUUCGUCGCCUACCGGGACAGGCGGAGCCGCGACCGAAUCGCCGGCAUUGCUCGACUUCCUAGCCCUAACCCUAAUCCGGUGGCGUACGGCUCGCAUCCGUUCCCGGCGAUGGCAAUGCAGUAUCCUCACCACCAUUUACGGUGCGCGCCGGUACCGAAUGGGCUGGGAUUUCCCUUUGUGAUGCCAUGCUGGGCUCCGGCGGUGUUGCCUGUCGCCGCCGAGGGUUCGAACCAUUCCGAGAGGAGUAUGUUCCUGCCGGUGGUUUGCCGGGGCUUGCCGGUUUCCGUACCGGCUGUGAAUGCGAAUCGUGGCAUCGGCGAGAGUUGCUAUUUGGAAGUGACACGUGGGAAGGGCAUUGGGGUUAAUGGGGCCCCUUCGUCGAUUGAUUCGCUUGGGAGCAGCUCUUCAGGGGUUUCGGAUACUUGGAGUGGUUCGCUUCGAGG